GUCUUACCCUGCUCCAUUGCGCCUAAGCUUCCUUGAGCCCAAGCUUCCAUCGGCCAGCCAAACAAGAAUUCCGAUGACCUGACCUUGAGGUAAAGAAGCUUCAAAAGCGCGGUGUCACAGCUCUCGGUGCUUGCACUGUCUGAUUUAUUUAUUGGCGAAAACCCCUCCCUAGCCUUGUAAUAUAACGCGCACCAGGUCCUAGAGACUAUCAUCUAGUUGUCGCUGUUUUUCCAGUCUCAACACAGCCGGUUGACACGUCUGACGUCUCACCACAGUACAUCAACAUGGAUACGCGGUCUCGUCCGGAAAACUUGGAACGAGACCUGCCGGUUCCAUCCGGGGUACCGGCCCCGGAAGGCCCCACAGCCGGCUCGGUAGGGCCAAUUAUCACACACCUCCCCCAAGAGUUGAUCGACAUGAUUUCAGAUCACCUGCCACUGUACGACAUCAUCAGACUGGGCGUCACCUGCCGCCAUUUCUACAACAAAAAGGACGUCAAGUUCUGGUACCAAGUCCGAUGCACAAAGAUUGUCAAUGAGCUAAAAGGCUCGCGCUACAUCCCUGUCAUCGAGGCCGAAGAGCGAUGGAAGUUCCUCAAGAACUUGGAGCUUGAUCUCCCCAACUUAGAGCUUUGUCACUUUUGCGAAAUCUUUCAUCCUCGAGGGUCGCCCCAACAACAAUCUCUUGAGAGGGUCCCCCACCGUGGCUCUACCGGCGCAGAGUGCAAUGCAAAGGAAGUCCAGUUCCGACGCUGGAGCAUCGACUGGGGUUUUGGCUUCCGAGAUAUCUAUGCCAUCACCAAUCGUCUCGUCCAUGGUGAAGCACACGGGCAGCCACUCUCAGAUCUCUGCUUUUCGACCAACUGGGCGUUCGCCGAAUGCUAUAGGAAGCUGUACAAUGCCACUAAAUCCCCAUUCAAGCGCUUUCUGAGCUACAUAAAGCUAGAUGCCGAAGCUUUGAUUGUAGACCAACAGGUGUUGGUCCAUCGGAUCCAGCGCCUCUGGAUACCCAACCACGUACAGGGAAGCGAGGUUCUCCUUCGAUAUGGCGUCGGGGAUCUGGCCUGCGACUUCAAGAUAUGUGCACACCACAACCCACAGAGCGGCGAGAUGAUACACAACUUCGUCCACCCUUUCCGAGAGAGCCUCCGAGUUGUUAUGGUAACUGCAUUUAAUGCGUCGGACAGUUACAAUGCUGGGAGUUCUCAACCUCAAGUGUUUGUGCGUUGCCACAAAUGCCCGUCAGAGCGUCUGAUUCGACGGUGUGAGGACUGCCCUACGGAGUAUGAGGUCACCUUCUAUGUCCACAACAACAAGGGUAUUGAAGUUGUUUUGGACGUUUGGCAGAACCUGGGUCGCUGUCGUAGUCCCCUGGAGCCUGGUUGGGCCAACUGCUGGGGUCGCGCCAACCCACGAUUCCAAGCGCCCGCCGAAGAACAGUGGAGAAAAGACUGGAUCCAGUCCGAUGUGGCUUACAUCGUCGACAAGAGCAUAUUCCCUACAGGACCUGGCCUGAGUGCCGCCUCGCAUCAUUCCGCGCAGGCAGUUCACGAUCACUGGGAAGUCUUGUACCGCAACCCCGAGCCAGAUCCUCUGCCAGGUCCCAGAAUCCCAAUUGAGUCGGCUUUGACCUCUGAUCGGCUCCAAACACUUCAAAGAUUCAUUGAGUACUCGAGAUAUGAGAUCAAAGAGAGGAAAGACUUGCCGAGAUUUCCCUUGCACCCUUCGGGAGGCGACGGGCCUGCUCACGUAGCUUACACGCGUACCAACAAUCCUGAACGAUGCCCUCCGCCUGUUGAACAACCUAAUCACGUUGUUCAAGAGUUCACGGACGGCGAGUAACAGUAGUUGUUGCCGUAAUGAGCGUCACUAGCGGAGACUUGGGAAGACUCAAGAUAGCUCUUGCCACCCACCGUCAACAAGUCAGAAAGCAGAGAGCACGGCGAGUUACGGGCCGGCGAAGUCUCCAACUUGGGAGAU